AACGUCGAAAAAAUUUCUAUCAACACAAGAGAGAGAAAGAAAGAUAAAGACCUCAAUAAAAAACACACAACUGUCAACUGUCAAGCAUAAAAAAAAUAAACAAUCAAUUAAAAUCAUUAAUUUAUAACAAUUACAAAUUUAAAAAAAACCGGUUGCAUUAAAAUAUUAUUUAAAAGAUUAUUUUGAAUUUAUUUAUCAAAGUCAUGAUUGUCAUUGAACGACAUACAAAAAAUGCCAAAUAAAUUGUUUAUAAAUUUGUUGAUAAAUAUAAUUAAUAAAAAAUGAUGACGCCAAUGAGUGAGGAUGGUGGUCCUUUACGUGAAUGGUCACCAUUAACAAAUCUACUUCAAAAAAUACCAUUAAAAUUACAAAAUGGUUUAUUUACACAAAAUAUUAAUUUAACAUGCAUUGAUGUACUACCAGAAUUCAUUGCAAUUGGUACAGAUUGUGGUAUUGUUUACUGGUACAAUCGUGAGACAAAUGACAUGCAAAAAUUAAAAUGUGAAUAUCCAAAUAGUACCAACAAUAACAACAAUAAAAUAACAUGCAUAAAAAUUAUAUCAACAGUUGAUUAUAUGAUUGCAAUUGGCAAUAGUAAUGGAGUCAUAACAAUCUUUCAAGUACCAAAAAAUAUACCAGAAUCAUUAUCAGACAUAAUAAUACAAAAUAAAAAAAAACAAAUUGAAAGAUAUAAUAUUUGUGGUUUACAUAAUUGUCAAAUAACAACAAUUGAAUGGUCAAAAAAUGGUAUGAAAUUAUUCACUGGUGAUGCUAAUGGUAUUGUUGUUUUAACUGAAAUUGAUUUUUUCAUGCACUUAUCAAAAUCAAGUGAAUUGUUAAAUGAAAAACAAACAAUUGUACAGUUAUCAUAUCACCAUGGACUACUACUAGUAUCAACGAGUUAUCGAACAAUACUAGUUGAUAACAAUAACAACAAUAAAAUAAUCCAAAUUGGCCAAAAAGAACGUAAAUCAUUGGGUAAAUAUGGUGCUGUAUUUUCAUCAUCAAAUUAUAAUAAAUCAAUAGAGAGUCAAUUGAUAUAUGCAUGUCGUCCUGGUUUAAGAUUAUGGCAAUCAAAUGAAAAUGGUAUUGUUGAAAAAACAUUGAUGUUUAAAGAUUCACUAAAAACAAUUAGCAAUGAUGUGAUAUUGCUAAAUCCAGUAUCAGAUAUUAUCAAAAAACAACGUAGUGAAUCAUCAUCGUCAUUUGGUAUAUUAUUACCAUUUAAUGAUGAUUUAUUUAUAACAUAUUGUAAUGAUAUUAUUUAUGUUAUUAAUCCAAUAACAAUAUCAAUAACAUCAGCUAUUUGUGAUUUGAGAAAAGUCAUUGAUGUGUCAUGCACAAAAGAUGAAAUAUUUAUUCUUGAAGGUGAUAGAAAUAUUAUUAGAUUAUCAUAUUAUCCAGAUAAAAAUAACAGCAAUGAUAAUAAUGAUUAUAAUAAUUUAGUAACAACAAGUAUAAUUGAUUUAAAAAAUAAAAUUAAAGAUAAUUCAAUUGUUACAAAUAUACCAUUUUAUAAAAUUACUAAAAAUAAUAUUAUACAAGCAAUUAGCUCGGUACCAAGUGAACCAACAGAUGGUCUUGAUCCAAGAGCAAUUGUAGCUGAAGAAGCUAUUGAAGAAGAAAUAGCUAGAAUAAUUGAUACUGAUAUCAUUGAUGAUAUUAAUAUUGAAACUGAUAUUGGUAAUAUUAUUGAUAAAAGAAAAUUGUUUCAAAAAAUUAAUCAACUUGAAUUUGAAGAUGUUGUAUUUAAUCCUGAUAAAGGCAAAAGGGUUAAUCGUAAUAAUGAUGUUUAUUUGGGUUAUUCGAAUAAUAUACAAGAAACACAUUCGUCAUUGAUGACAUUGAGUAUUGAUGAUGAUUAUUUGUUGAAUAAAGAAAAAAGAGAUAUUGAAAAUAUACAAAAAGAUGUUGAAAAUAAAGAAAAGUUACUGGCUGAUGUAUUGAGUUUUGAUUUAUCAGAGUUUAUAAAACAGUCAGAUGAUUCUCAGGAUGAUAAUAAUAUUGAUUCAAUUAAUUAUGUUAGUUGUAUUAUUAAUAAAAUUGAUGAUGAUCAUUUUAAUGUUAAUAAUAAUAACUAUAUUGAUGAAAAAAUUAUUCAACAAAGUGAGGAGGAGAUAGAGGAUGAUGAUGAAGAAGAAGAAGAAUCUGUUAGUUACAGAACAGAAUUGAAUAAAUUAAAAAAUCUUUCUAGCUUAAAAAUUGAAAAUAAUCAUUCAAUUGAAAAUCGUGUUGAAAUAAAUGAAAAUACUACGCCAAAGGAUCUUUCAAAAGAGCAUCGAUUUAAUGUAUUAUCGAAAGAAUUUGUAACUUCAGCAAUUUGUGAUGACAUUGACGAUUGGGUUGUUGUGUAAGAAAUGACAUGGAAACUAUAAUUUAUUAAUCAAACUUUUUUUUUUUCUUAAUUGAAUAUAAUUACAAGACUAAUAUGCAAUUUAUUUCCUUAAUACUCUCAAACGUAAAUAUAUAUUUUUUACAGUAAAUAACAAAAAAUAAAAAAGGAUAUAACAUUCUACUUAAUUUUUUUUAAUAAACACAAUAAUAAAAAUAUAAUAAUUUAUCUUUUAAUAAAUAUGUCCUUUCUUUUCAAUAUAAAAAUAUUUAAUUGUUAGAAAAAAUUUGUUGGUUUUUUUUUUUAUGUAAAUUUCGUGCUAGUCAUUGUUGAUAAAUAAAAAAAUAUAAUUUAUGUAAAGUUAUUUUCUAAUAAAUAAGACAAAAUUAAGAUUAAAAAAAAUAAAAAAUUUGCUUUUAAU